GUCAAUUCGGCGGCAUCACACUUCAGAAUUAUUCACCAAUCAACCUGCAAGUAAAACGAAAGUUCCAGCAACCCUACCUUAUGAAGUGGAAUGGCAACACAAGGCUGUCAGCGACCCUUUGGCUUGACCUGACGAUAAAAACAUACAGGGCCUCUUAUUGCGAAGAAUUUCUGCGGCAGUAUACUUGCUGAUUGCUUCGUUCUCACUCCUCACAACAACCAGCUAAGACACUGCCAGAGAAACACCCACAGGAGCCAUGUCCAACCGUCCGUCCAUCCCCUCCGCCUGCCUCCCCCCCAGCAGGGUCCUUACUGCUCUCUGCCAUGGACCUCCACCUGAGGAACAACAAGUCAAGGCAUGUUCCAACACGCCACCAACAGCCAGGCCGGGUGCAUGAGCCUGCUCCUAGAGGGGGAGGAGCAGAGAAUCAGAGAGGGGGGAAACCCAGAAAAAAAAAGCCCAGCAUGACUCAGCCCGCUUCAAUCGGUUCUUGGAGGAGUGUUGCAUAUCCUCAACAACAACUCGUGUCAUCUGGAGAUGUGUGACGACUCCUGGCCUACAUUCACGGCUGCCAUUUGUUACCGUCAAAAACAGCAUUUCAAGCAGCAGCUCUGAGGUGAUGCCUGACAUCUGCACUGUCUUCACCAAGAACCCAGCAAGUCUGAGAAGUCUGCUGCUUAAUGAGAGAGUCGUACACUGGAGGACUGGGCUCAUAUUCAGAGGUAUACCAAGCUCUCACUGUCAUCUCACCCAAGAAUUAGCCUCUGUCAGAGGGCUUGAUGUCACAGACUAUGGGGGUUACAACACCUUCAUCCACCACAGCCCGAAGAGUCUGGACUCGCAGGGGAAGCUGUUGGCCCUGCCUGUUUCCAUUCUGGAAGAGUCCCAUGCUGAUCUGGUACACGCCCACUUGCCGUAUGGAGGCAGCCAGGAGAGCCUGAACCACGUGAGAGCCUGUAUCCGCCAUCUGCCAAACCACUGCGUGAGGGAUGGGAACGGCCGGCCCGUUUCAUGGAUGCUGUCUGAUGAGCUGUGUGAGCUGAGGAUGGCGUACACCUUACCAGAGUACAGACGGGCCGGUCACCUCCUGGCUCCGUCUGUUGCUCAGAUUUGCAGGAUGAGCUCUGCAGGCCUGCCUGUCUACUGCCAUGUCAACCAGCAGAACCAGGCCACGAUUAAGGCUGUGACCUCACUCGGCUUUUCUUCAUGUCCCGGUAUGGAGAACAUCUCAGUGCUGCUGAUAUGCAGGGACAGAGUCUGAGUAGCAAAACUAAUGACAAUAAAGUCUGCUGGAUGACUGAAAACACA